GAGCACCUCCAGAGUCAGACACAUGCACCUGGCAUCAGGAGGAGCUGACGAGAAGUCCAGAUAGAUCCUGAGCAGCUGAAGGCUUCAAAUGCUUCUGUAUUUGUGUGUGUGUGUGUGUGUGUGUGUGUGUGUGGUUGUGUGUGUGUGAGAGAGAAAUCCCCCAGUAUCAAGAAGCCUCAUUACGUGAUAGGAUACAAAAGAAAAUGAUGUGUUAAUGUGAUUGUACAGCUAUAAUCCAGGGUUUUCUUAGCUUGUAGUGCUUUCUUUCGUGUAUCUCCAUGGGAUCAGAUUCAAAGAUGUUGUUUAACAGUUAUUAUGAGCAUUUGAAGCUUUAUUUGGGUUCAAACUGACUGUCAGCUUCACUCCCUUCAGGUUUGGUUUGAGUUGAAUCCUUCAGGAUCACUUUGAUCCAGGCAGGAAUUUUCGGUUUCAUGUCAAUCUGUAGAGUAAACGUUUAUUUCUGACGUCCUAAGUUUGCCUGUGUGUGGCACGUUGUAUAUUAGAAACACCCGUAUAGUUGUCUGAAACAUCUGAAAGGGAUUUGAAAAAGGAGCAAAGAGUAUUACACUAAGAUCACUGGAAAGUGGUUCUGACAGCCAUGUCAGUUUCAAUGUUUUCAGUGGUCCAGUACCCAAGGUGUGUGCUCAUGCUGAAAAAAAAAAAAAGAAAAGACGGCAGAUCAUGAAGAAAAGAUGUCCACUCUCGCUCCAAAGUCUCAGCAAAUCUGUUUUCGAUUGGAUGUUGCUUUGACUUCAAAAUGUAAACAUGAUUUAUCUCCUUCUUUUUGUUUUUCAGCCCUGCACGGCCCUUUCGUUUCCCUAAAAGGUAAGUCCUGCCAAAAACCGUUUUUCCUCUGUUGAUGUUCUGGAUUGCAAACCUCUCUCUCUCCUCCUCCUCCUCUUCCACCUCCACCUCCCUUUAUUUCUGUCAUCCAUCCAUCACUGCUCCCGUGGAGUCGUCAUUCCUCAGUAGUGAGUCAUGAGAGUUAUCGAUGGGAGUUGUGUCUCUCUAGCUGUACCUGGCCUCUGUUAACCACCGGCUAGAAAUCUCCACAUCUCUCCCGUAACACUGCUGUCUCAAACUCAACCCAAGAGCCUGUUUUAAUAAGAGAACUAGAGCUUUUUCAUGGCUUUUAGAGAAGUUUGAGGGGCAAAAUCACAAUUGGAGAGCAUAUAUGAUAAGAUAAAGUUGGCAAGAUCAUUUAUUUUCCAUACACUUUACAAUAUGUAAUUCACUUAGCUUUACCUUAUGAGAGAGGUUGAUACAUUACUGAAAGCCUUAGUGAGCUCACAGAUCUUGAUGUAUAAUUGACUAAUUUCAGUCUCCUUGUUCCCAGUUAUGCCGAGCUGAUUGCUGAUUGGCCAGUGGUGGUGCUUGGCGUGUGCACAGUGCUCAUUGUCGUGUGUGCGCUGGUGGGCAUCCUGGUGCCUGACCUGCCCGAUUUCUCUGAUCCUCUGUUGGGUUUCGAGCCUCGGGGAACAGCCAUUGGCCAACGGCUGGUCACAUGGAACAACAUGGUGAAGAACACAGGCUACAAAGCUACACUGGCCAACUACCCCUUCAAAUAUGCUGACGAGCAGGCCAAAAAUCACCAAGAGACCAGGUGGCCAGAGGACCACUAUGACAGAGAUAAACGGCAUGCAGAGUGGGACUUCAGUAAAGAGUUCUUCUGUGAUGUGCCAGGUGACAGUUAUUCUAGACUGGUGUUCACAUCAGCUGAGGGGAAAAACUUGUGGAAUAUUCAGGCCAUCAAAUCGAUGUGCAAUCUGGACAACACAAGGGUGCGUUCCCAUCGCGACUACUGGAGCCUUUGCCAGCGCACCAACGACGCCUCCUGUUGCCCCAGCUGGACACUCGGUAACUACAUUGCCGUCCUCACCAACAGGUCAUCCUGCCAGAAGAUCACAGAGCGCGAUGUAUCGCACACGCUCAAGAUCCUACGCUCGUGUGCCAAGUACUACCACAAUGGCACGCUGGCAUCCGACUGCUGGGAUAUGGCCCUGAAACGGAAAGACCAGAUGAAAUGUGCCAGUGUACCCCGGAAGUGCACCAAGUACAACGCUGUGUACCAGAUCCUUCACUUCUUGGUUGACAAGGACUUCCUCAGUCCCAAGAGCCUAGACUUCCCUCCACCUGUGCUCAAGUACAGCAUGCUCUUCUCCCCGACAGAGAAAGGAGAAUCUAUGAUGAACAUUUACUUAGACAAUUUUGAGAACUGGAACUCCUCAGACGGCAUCACCACAGUCACAGGGAUCGAAUUUGGCAUUAAACACGACCUCUUUCAGGACUACCUCCUCACGGACACAGUGUACCCCGCCAUAGCCAUAGUGAUUGUCCUGCUGGUCAUGUGUGUGUACACGCGAUCAGUUUUCAUCACUCUAAUGACAAUAAUAGCCAUCAUCAGCUCGCUCAUCGUGUCGUACUUUCUGUACCGUAUGGUCUUCGACUUUGAGUUUUUCCCCUUCAUGAACCUCACAGCCCUCAUCAUCCUGGUAGGCAUCGGUGCAGACGACGCCUUCGUACUUUGCGAUGUAUGGAACUACACCAAGUUUGAUAAACCCCAUGCAGAGCUGUCAGAGACGGUCAGUGUGACCUUGCAGCAUGCCGCCUUGUCUAUGUUCGUCACCAGCUUCACUACGGCUGCAGCUUUUUACGCCAACUAUGUAAGCAACAUCACUGCUAUACGGUGUUUUGGCAUCUAUGCAGGUACUGCCAUUUUGGUCAACUAUAUUCUCAUGGUGACAUGGCUCCCAGCUGUGGUGGUGCUUCACGAACGCUACCUGCCAAACAUGUUCCCCUGUUCCAAGCCGCCACAACCGCAAAGGGGAAUCUGCACCCGGACGUUCUGGGCAGGCCUGUGCCAGAAGGCCAACAAAUGCCUGUUUACUGUCUCUGAGGCAUCUAGGAUCUUCUUCGAGAAGGUUCUACCCUGCAUAGUCAUCAAGCUGCGCUACCUCUGGCUAUUCUGGUUCCUCGCAAUUACAGUCGGAGGGGCGUAUGUGGUUUGUGUCAACCCGAAGAUGAAGCUCCCAUCUCUGGAGCUGGCAGAGUUCCAGGUGUUCCGUUCCUCGCACCCUUUUGAGCGCUAUGACGCAGAGUACAAGAAGCUUUUCAUGUUUGAGAGGGUUCAUCACGGCGAGGACCUCCACAUGCCAAUCACCAUCAUCUGGGGUGUGACCCCUCUGGAUAACGGUGAUCCCCUCAAUCCCAAAAAUAAGGGAAAGCUGAUGGUGGAUAGCAGCUUCAACAUUGCCAGUCCAGCAUCUCAGCUCUGGAUCCUCAACUUCUGCCAGAAGCUGAGAAACCAGAGCUUUGUCUUUCAGUCAGAGGAGCAGGACUUCACCAGCUGCUUUAUUGAGACAUUCAAGCAGUGGAUGGAGAACCAGGACUGUGAAGAGGCGUCUGUCUACCCCUGUUGCAGUCAGUCCACCUUCCCCUACAAGCAGGAGGUCUUUGAGUUGUGCAUCAAAAGAGCCAUCAUGGAGCUGGAUCGGAGCACUAACUACCAUCUGGACAGCAAGACCCCAGGGCCUCGAUUUGACAUCAACGACACCAUCAGGGCCAUAGUUUUAGAGUUCCAGAGUACCUACCUCUUCACACUGGCCUAUGAGAAGAUGCACCAGUUCUACCGUGAGGUGGACACCUGGAUCGCAGAGGAGCUGCGCCACGCCCCAGUAGGCCUCAGCCACGGCUGGUUCGUCAGCAACUUGGAGUUUUAUGAUCUCCAAGACAGUCUGUCAGACGGCACGCUGGUUGCCAUGGCGCUGUCAGUAGCUGUGGCUUUCAGCGUCAUGCUCCUGACCACCUGGAAUGUGAUCAUCAGUCUGUACGCCAUUCUGUCCAUUGCCGGCACCAUAUUUGUCACCGUUGGCUCUCUGGUGCUUCUGGGCUGGGAGCUGAAUGUCUUGGAGUCCGUCACCAUUUCUGUUGCGGUGGGGCUGUCGGUGGACUUCGCCGUCCACUACGGAGUGGCAUACCGGCUCGCUCCAGAGCCCGACCGCGAGGGAAAGGUGAUUUUCUCCCUCAGCCGCAUGGGCUCUGCAAUCGCCAUGGCAGCACUGACCACCUUUGUUGCCGGGGCCAUGAUGAUGCCCUCGACCGUAUUAGCCUACACCCAGCUGGGCACUUUCAUGAUGCUGAUCAUGUGCAUUAGUUGGGCUUUUGCCACCUUCUUCUUUCAGUGCAUGUGCCGCUGCCUGGGACCUCAGGGCACCUGUGGCCAGAUCCCGCUGCCUAAAAAGCUGCAGUGUCAAGCCUUCUCUGAGGUCACAUCCACAAGCCCCUCACCUCAAGGGAAGAGCUCUGGCCUGGGGAAGUACCAGCUGGACAGCAGGGGUGGGGAGGUGGAGCAUUAUGAGUUAGAGCCACUGGCAUCCAGCCAGAAAAAUGAAGAUAAACCUCGAGAGGAUGAUGAGGUUUGUGCUCAGCUUUACAAUGGAGUCCACCCUCACCACCACACUGCCACUUACUCACACAUCCACUAUAAAAGCAAAUCUGAGAGUGUCAGAGCUGGUCCUGAAAACGGGCUUGUAGCCACACUCAGCACACCAUCGAGGUGUCAGUACUCUCAAAACACCAACUGCACAUGUGGGGACCCUCCUCCUCAGCUGCCGCAGCAGUGGACCCCCCACUCCUGUUCUCAGCCUCCCCAGGAUUCACCUUCCUGCCCCCCCACCCCUCAGCUCUUCCCCCUCUCAGGAAACAACCCGAGCAAACAAAAUGCAGGCCUGUUACCUACAAACCUUGACCCCGUCUACGCACACAUGGAGUGCCGUAUGCACUACGUCCACUGCACCCCCACCCAUUUCCACCACUGCUCCCAGGGAAGAGUAAUGGCCCCAAGGCAAGGACCCGUCCAUAGCUGCCAUCUCAGGAAGUACUGUGUCCCCACUGCAAGCCUGCAGGCAGGUUCAGCCAGAGAACAGAGAUGCACAGCCCCAACUCCAAACCAGGAUGCAGGCCCAGCUCCUGGUCCCGUCACUGGCUCUGUAUCUGCUGGACAAGAGGUUAAUCAAGUCCCAGAAAUAAGUCCGUCAAGCCCUGUCAGUAGCCAAAAUAUCAGCAACCCAGCCUUGACACAAUCUCACACUCAGUGCUCCUCCCCCUCCUCCUCCUCUCUUGGCUCGCCACACACAACCAGUCAUGAAAGACAGAAGGCAAGGGACAGCGACCAUUGUUGUGGUGAUAACCAUGUGUCCACCUCAACCACAGAAACAACAACGCAAACGGAUGCUUGUUGUAAAAUCCCUGGCAACCAGGAGAAGCUCGAAAGUAUUCCCGUCACACGGGAGAAAAAUGUCAAAAAGUGCAAGCGGGACUCUAAAAGAGAGCGGGCAUCCUCCGCCUCUCCAAAGAAGCUCUACUGUUUUAACAGGACGUUGAAAGUGAAGUGCAAUUCAGCUUCAGAGUUUAACGUGCCAAAAACUGAAACCGCCGUGCCUCCUAUUGCAAUAAACACUAAUCCCUCUUCUGAAAGCUUAUGUUGACAACAUAUUUUAGUUUUAAAAGAAACUCGGGCCUGAACAAAUUGCAAAUGUCCAAAAAAAGGAAUGACAAUAUAACUUCUCUGUGCAAUCAAACAAGGUUUGGGAUGUGUUUGUUGACCAAGUGCCUCAGUGUGUUUCAUAAAACAGCACCCACUAAAUAUGUUCUGUUUACAUGUUUUUGUUUUGUACUCACCACUUCUUCACGUUCCAGAUUAAGUGUUUGAUCAGUGAAACACACUAUUGUUAGAGCUAUCAUCAUUGGGAUAUUCACAAAAAAAACCCUCAAGUGUUGCUAACUAAAUAUUAAAUGUACUCAUACAGCAGCCAUUUGCACAGGCAGGAAAUCGUACAGUAUCUGUGAUGUGAUAUUGUGUGUAAUUAUCAAUAUGUGUCAUCAGAUAUGAUCACAUGAACCAUAACAAAAAUGUGCCACAUUUUACAAGCUGUUAAAAAUCGUUGCCUGACACUUUUUUGUAUUUGUGGGAGCUUGUGUUAAAUUCUCAGUGUGCUUUUCUGCUCAAGUCGCCACACGCCUCAGAUAAAAGAUGUACUGUAUGAUUAAAAUGUCUUUUUUUUUUUUUUUUUUUUUAAAUCACUAUUGUCCUGCUGUCUGCUAAUGCCUGCUCUUCUCAUCUUGUGCAUUCACACACAUACUCCAACCAUAAAAUGAAACGUGGCUCCAGCCAA